ACGUGACCCCGCACGGUCGCGCGCAAGGCACAGCAAGUCUUCAGCACAGCACGCACGGCUUCACAACACGCUUCUCCCCCGUGUCCCACCAGCCAGUUAACAUACACAUCAAGUAAAAUCCUACCGUUUGCCCUCUAAAGCCAACGUGAAAUCAUUUUGUUGUGCAGUAAAAUGUCUCAUUCAGCACCAAACUACAAAGCAUCUUUAGCCGACAGGUCACCAGAUAAACUAGCCGCUCUAGCCCAAAUCAAUGAUAGAUAACGUUUUUUUAUAAUGAAGUGUUUCACUUGUGCUAAAAAGUGCCCUUUUCCCCUCUGAGCACUUGCCCCCCAAAAUGUCUGUGCACGCCACUGUAUCACAUGUAUUAUCACAUGUACCAGUGCAUAUACUAACACACGUACAUCACAUCUACUAUUGUAUAUGCUUUCACAUGUACUAUCACUUCUACUACAGCAUGUACUACCUGAUGCAUUGUCGCAUGUGCCAGCACAUGUACUAUUACAUGUACAAUCACAUGCAUCAUCACAUGUGCUAUCACAUUUAUCAUCACAUGUUUUAUCACAUGUUCUACCACAUGUGCUACCGCACUCAAUAUCACAUGUACUAUCACAUGCAAUAUCACAUCUACUAACACAUCUAUUAUCAUAUGUAUCACAGCAUCACAUUUAGCAUCACAUGCACUAUCAUUAUUAAUGCAUGUAUAGCCACGUGUAUUGCCACAUGGACUAUCACAUUUCUUAUCACAUGUAUUAUCGCAUGCACUAUCACAUGUACCAUCACAUGUACCAUCGCAUGUACCAUCGCAUGAACUAUCACCUGUACUAUCACAUGUGCUAUCACAUCUAUGUGCUCUCACAUGCUUUUUACAACUGAUGUCACGACGCAGCUUUUCAAAAACACAUGUACUAUCACAUUUCCUAUCACAUGUACUGUCACAUGUGCUGUCACAUGAAGUAUCACAUACUUUUGCGUGUACUAUCACAUGUACUAUCAAAUCCUCAAACCCUACUCCUCAGUUCUGACAAUUUAUGAAUGCAUGUUGAAAGUCACGAUACAUCCACACAUCAACAGACUUCUACCUCUAAUAAUCUGGCUACGAGUUACCAAGGCGAUGGAUGAUGUUUGUUAGUAACAUGUUUGUUAAAUAGGUGAAUUUCUAUCUGGCAAACAAGAUAAGAUUAAUGUAAUGUAGUAUCAAUAACAGCAUGUUACUAAUCUGCAGCUCUGCAAUCUGCAUCUCCUCAAUCUCUUCAAUAUCACUACAUCCCCGAGAGGAAGUCCUGGACUGAGGCUCAGAGUUACUGCAGGAGCAGGUUCACGGACCUGGCCUCCAUCCUGAGCUCUGAGGACGUUCAGCGCUCCACUGAAGCUCUGAGGAACGUCACAGAAAGAGCCUGGAUCGGCCUGAAUAAAACCUGGGGCUGGUCCUCCACCACCGGCCCCAAAUACCUCACCUAUAAGAACUGGAACCCAGAGGAACCGGACUACAGCCGGCCGGAGAAGAUGUGCGGAGCGAUGCAGGGAAACGGGAGGUGGAUCAGCACCGACUGCAGCCUCCCUCAACCGUCUAUCUGCUACAGAUCCAACUCACUGCUCGGUCUAAUUCCUCUUCCUAACUCGUAUUAUAUAACUGAGGUGAGGUUGAGCUGGUCUGAAGCUCGGAGUCGCUGCAGAAGUUUCUACACAGAUCUGGCGAUUCUGAGCGGAAUCUGGGAAAACUCUAACGCCCAGAGACUCCUGACCCCGGACGUCCCGGCCUGGAUCGGCCUGAGCAGGAACACCUGGAGCUGGACCAACCUGAACCCGUCCCGCUUCAGGAACUGGCUGAGAGAGGAGACCUCCGACCCGGGACACGACUGCGCUCUGAUUAAUCCCAGCGCCCUCUACAGGUGGGAGGAGGAGAAUUGCAGCACCACCCUGCCCUUCCUCUGUUACAGUGAUGACGAUCAGACCACGGCAGAGGUGACUGGUAGGAAGCAGAUCCUGAGUUUAGAGCUGCAGUCUGAUCAGGACAUUAAUGAUCCCGCAGUAAAAGAGGGAAUUUUACAAAAGAUCCAGCAGGAGCUUCAGGAUCAGGGGAUGGAGGGGAACGUUACGCUCACAUGGAGGCUGAAACCUGAUGGAAACGUCUUUCAGAAGAAGAAGAGCAGAGCACAAGAUGAGCUGUGAUAGGCUGAAGUGUUCUAGUAUCAUAUGUGAUAUUUACUGUAAUGUAAACUUCAUGAAAACAUACAGGCAAACGUAAAGUUUUCUGCUAUUUUCUUAUAUUAUUGUCCCAUUCAAAAUGUGUCAAAAACUUAAAAAUAACCCUUCUGUUAAAUUCCAGAAUUGUAUGGAAAAGUGUGCUCAUUUGACUGUAUAGGUUGUUAACUCAAAGUUAUGCCAAUUUCUUCACAAUUUUUUUCCAGUUCGGAAUUGGGAUAGAUGCAUUAAAGGGUUAAAAAUAAUGUCAUGGGACAUUAUUUCAUCUUGUUACCUGUCACUUCAAAGAUUAAGAAAAACUGGUGGGGAAAAAAAAUCCACUAUGUGCUUGUGGACCCCUGUUUCCAUCUAGACUAUCACACAUUUACACACAUUCAAUUUAAUUCACAAGUAACAGGGAACAAUAUAAGAACAUUUACCAAGGUUUUGAAAAGGUUCCAGGAAGGUUAGCCUGUAACAUUACAGAAAUAAUGUUCCAGGAACGUUGAGAAAACAUGUGACGCCAUAAUGGUUUUCAUCACAUCGUUAUAAGAAUGUUUCUCACACAUGUUCCCAGCUACUAUAGCUUAUUAAUGUUAUGGACAUAUUAAAAGUAAAUAAAGAUAUUUUUACACUAAUAACAGUCUUUACAAUGUCAUAUGUUACUUUACAACAUGUGUAAUAAUGCCCUGCUAAGUGCAGUUCAGCCCCUGACCUAGUCUUAGAGUCUCUGUAAAACACCAAAUCCACCGGAGAUCCUAUAUAAACCUAUAGUUACACACAGAGGUGGGUAGUCCAGAUCCAGAAAGUAAAAAUCCACCCCGGGAUUUUGUUGGCUGAACCGCAGCAGAGGCAGUUGGAACAAACAACACUUUUACUUUCUGGACCUGGACUACCCACCUCUGCUUACACAAGAUAGCUAGUGUUAACUAUUUCAUUUGUAAAUAAUAAAACAGUGAGAUAAUGGGAAGCUCUAAAUAUUUAUUAAUUAGCUAAUUUACACUGUUUACUGAAUUCAGCUAUUUACCAAGUUAGUGCUUGAAUUCCAGGUACCUCGUUUACCUGUAUUUCACAAAAAAACAAGAAAAGGUAGAUUUUAGCGAAAGGACACCUUUAACAAAUAAAAAGAUCAUCAUAUAAGAUGAACAAAAUGUUUACUAACCCCCAAAUUCAACAAUAUAAAAAAUUAUAUUUCUGGCAAAAAAAGAACAAAACUCCAUUAAAUACA